UCAAUGUUUCACCCUCCUGUCGCCUUCGGGUCAAUAUGACCCGAUUCAAUGUUUAACCCUCCUGUUACCUUUAUAUUUACUAACAUAUUUUACCCUUGAGGUCAAUAUGACCCCAGCUAUUAAAAUCUCCAGAAAAUUAUUAGAAUUAAUAUUGUUUUCCAAGUUUAAGUGUGAGGUACUUUAUGUUUGUUUGUUGACUCCCGAAAGAACACCGACAUUAAACAUUGAAUCGGGUCAAAUUGACCCGAAGGCGACAGGAGGGUUAAAUAUUGAAUCGGGUCAAAAUGACCCGAAGGCAACACAAGGGUUAAAUGUCUGUUGGGAACAUGUGACCGAUUUUCAUCCUAGAAUGACUCGUGGCUACUGUUUAACACAUUGGACAACAAAGCUAUUUUUAUACAGCAUAUUUAUAUUACAUUGUUUACUUUGUCCAGUUUCCGCUUGUGCAUCGUUGAUUUUCAGGGGCUAAGCACACAAAUUAGAGGCAAAUCCUGCUCCAGAGUGGGAGCAGCAAGCCAUACGCUGAAGGCUGGGUUACUUUGGUGUGCCAGGAUUGUGCCAGUGUGAAAGCUUUCUUAGUCCCAGGGUAACAGCUCACUUAGCCCGGACUCAGUGUGAAACGCCCGACAGAGUAAAUAGACACACAGACACACAGACACGCAUUGGAGAUGUUACUUUGUUUGAAGUUGCCAAAGUAGGCAAUUAAAUUUGCAUAGUCAAAUGAUGGGGCCACACUGGAGUAAAUUAUGUAAUAUUCAACACACAGGGGCUAUAUCAUUCCUGACCAUGUAAGAUACAUAGAAAAGGAUUGUGAGACAACACUACAUUUCUAAGCAAUAUAUAUUUCAAUUCACUACAUUUACUUGGAAUAUUUAUAUUUAAUAUAUAAAAUAUACAAUCAACUUCUAAAAUGUGAUCCAUUAUGAUCAAACCAAAACAUAUACAAAUAAGUCACUUUAAAAGAGAACAUUGUGAUCAAACAUUUAGCUUUACUUGUUAUUCUGUAUUUCCACAUUGUAGUCUUAAUACUUGUAAAGGAGUAAAUGAUCUGAAACACACACCCGUGGUGUAUCCAAUGUGAAACGGCUCAUUCAGAGGUCUUCUUCUCUUCUGAGGCACAUUUAUCAGAGUGAGAAAAUGUUUCUCACACACUGAUGAAAUACAGAUGGCGUCUCCAUGGAGUGCACCCCUGCUGUGUGUGCACACAGAAGCGCAUGCAUGUUUGCAUAUAAAAGCCAUCUGGUCAUUCUGGUCAUUUGAAGCCAAGAGCUGAAAGCAGGAAGACGCACACGAUCUGAACAACAAGCACAGGAUGAUGAUGGAUUUAAUGUUCCAAUGGAAUUCAUCUUACCUGUCCACAACUUUCAAGGAAACCUGCCCUAGUCUUCAUCUUCAGUGAUGGCUGAGUGGAGUUGGGUGGCCUACACAGUACUAGAAGUGCUGAUUGCUUUGGCCUGUUGCCUUGGCAAUGUGCUGGUGGUGUAUGCGGUGUGCACUGGUGUCAGAGAUUCUCUCCGGGAGCCCACCUACUGCUUCCUCGUGGGUGUGGCUGCUGUGCCCCUGGCUGUACUGUUGGAUGGCUGGGUGAGUGUGACCCCUGACCUGUGUCUACUUCUCAGCUGUGUCGUGCUCGUGCUGACUCAGGCAUCUGUCCUGUCACUGCUUGCCAUCGCCGUGGACCGAUACCUCCGGUUGCACACACCGCUCAGGUACAAAGCUCUGGCCACACAGAGGCGUACAUGGGCGGCUCUGUUUGUGUGCUGGACACUUUCCUGUCUGCUGGGGUUCACCCCUCUCUUUGGCUGGCGCCACCAGUCCUCUCUGGCAUCCGAUUCCACCAAUACAUCCUCCUCGUCCUUCAUUUCUCCACCCUGCACCUUCCUCUCAGUUAUUUCCCUCCCAUUCAUGGUUUACUUUAACUUCUUGGGAUGUGUCAUGGCACCCCUGCUGGUCAUGACCCUCCUCUACACACAAAUCUUCUGGAGCCUGCAGGGCCGCCUAAAGGAGAGCUGUCCUCACACCCAGGCCUCUCUGCUCAGGGAGAAGAAACUGGCCUGCUCUCUGGCUCUGGUUCUAAUUUUGUUUGCCGGCUGCUGGAUUCCUCUGCACCUAAUGAACUGCCUGCUGCUGUUUCAUGGUCCUCAAGCUGUCUCACAGGGGACACUCUAUACAGGUAUUCUCCUGUCUCAUGCCAACUCUGCAGUCAACCCUGUGUUCUACGCUUGUCGCAUCCCAAAGAUCCAACAGGCCUACCUUCAAAUAUGGAGGCGCUUGAUCAAGAGGCGGAACUGUUGCCAUGGGGACAAGCAAGUUUGCCAAUCAAUAGUAGGCCGCCAAUGCCAUAGAGACGUGUGGAUCAAACAAAGAGCAACAGUCAUUUAA